UCUGUUAUUGGAUCAUUUCCAGGUUUUGUAUCCUUGCGAACGCAGUUUCUUUGUUGUGGAAUUUUUGACAAGCAAAGUUGAUUCUUUGUGCGGUUAAAGUUUCUGUAAUCAUGAUGAAGUACUGUGUCGCGUUGUUGCUCGUCUUGGGAUACACCUUUGCCCAAGAAGCUGCCCAGCAGGACCCUGCUGCAGCUGCUGCUGAUGCACCUGCAGAAAAGGACGGCGAGCCUCGCCCUAGGAUCUACCGUCGUAUCAUCCCCGCUGAUGUUCUCCGAGACUUCCCUAACCACUGCUUCGCAUCCACUCUGUGCAAACUGUUCGAGCCUGACCAGGACUGGUCUCUGGAGCCAUUCUGUGGCCAAUCUCACUGCUAUUUGGACGAGAAGGUCGGUCGUCUCUUCGAAGUUGUGUUGGACUGUGGACCCAAGCCAACCAACCCUGAUGCCUGCAAGAUCCUGACUCCAGCCAACGAAACUGCAGUUUUCCCCAAGUGCUGCGACGUCUACGACACCGAAACCUGCAAGUUCCCCGAGUUCAACGCACCAGAGGGCGCUGGCAACAAGCAGGCUCCUCCAGAGGGCGCUCUUCAGGGUCGUCCGAAACCCACUGCCUAAACAAAUCACUUAUUGAAACCAGCUUUUGAUGAAACCAAAACUCGUCCAAUUUCUGAUAAUGCGGCCGUUUCCUAAAAAAAAAAAUUUACUUCACUCUUCGACUCGGCAUUGACAAAAAAAAUCUUGCUGGUGUCUGGAGAUCUAGAACAUGAAUGAGACGCUAGUGAGAUUCUUUAUUUGGGGGACUUGUUUUUUGUUACACGCAGUCUGGCUGAUUGUAUAAGAAGGGGCUGGAAAGGAAUUUUCUUGGGUGAAAUUCGGAAGUGUUUUUUUUUCUUUUUUUUUGUAGGGAUGCGCAAAAAGAUAUCGUGAAAAUAUAAAAAGGGGAGUCUCGGUACCUACUGAA